AGAGCAACAAGCCUACAAGGACGACAGCAAGAAUAAUCCUUGCCGCCCCCGAUCAAGUCCGUCGAUCAAGACAAACUCUAAGCACCGGCGUCAAAGCGAGCUAGCGGCGGCGAUCCCGAUCGACGACCGAUGGCGUUGCCCUCCGGCAACGAACCCCUUUUGGCGGCUGCGCCGCCGGUGCCGGCGCCGGUGGUGGUGGUGUCACCCCAGUUCUGCGCGAAGGAGGUGGUGCCGCUGACGGUGACCAAGAAGGUCAAGAGCCUCACCGGCGGCGACUUCACCGUCACCGACCCCAGCGGCGCCGUCGUGCUGCAGUUCAAGGGCAGCGUCUGGAGCGUCCGCAACCGCCGCGUGCUCGUCGACGCCGCCGGACAACCCAUCCUCUCCAUGCACGAGAAGGUACUCAGCAUGCACAACAGAUGGGAGGUGUUCAGAGGGGACAGCUCGAACGCGAGCGACUUGCUCUUCACCGUGAAGAGAUCCACGCUCCUGCAGCUGAGGACAGAGCUGGAAGUCUUCUUGGCCGGGAACAACACCGCCCAGCAGGCUUGCGACUUCAAGCUGAAGGGCAGCUACUUCGACAGGGAUUGCGCCUUCUACCUCGGCGACUCCAACACCAUGAUUGCUCAAAUAAGCCGUAAGUACACUGCCUCCAAUGUCCUGCUGGGAAAGGACACGUUCAAUGUUACCGUGUUCCCUGACGUCGACCAUGUGUUCGUCGCGGUUCUUGUUGUGGUUCUGGAUGAAGUUCACAGCAGGGACCGAAACUACUGAUGAUGAACAACAACUUCCAUCGAGUUCGACGCGGGUCAUAAUUUUUACAUGUCAAAUUAUGCUAGCAGCAUACUGGACUUCGUUGAUUUAUGCUGAUGUACAUUAUUGUAUAUUUGCUUUCGAUUGAGGAGCGCUACUCUGUUUGAUUGAUCUUUGCAGUGCAUGUUUGUUUGCUUUAAGUUUUGGAAUAAUAGUUGAAUGUUCUUAACCAAAA